CAUCUCCUGUCCCACAGGGAAAUCCUCCAUCCCGCACGGACAUCCCCCGUCCCACGGGGUUCAUCCCCGCAUCUCAGCGCGGCAUCCCGGCCUCUCGGGCUCCCAUGCGGCCGUGCCGGGGUACUGCAGAAUGGAGAACUAUAAGAAGACCAAAAUCGUGGAGAAACCUUGUCCUCUUCCUUUCACUGACCUGCCCACUGAUAUCAUUGAGAUGAAGGUGAAGGACGGGAGCAAGAUCAGGAAUCUGAUGGGCUAUGCCAUGAGCAAGAUGGAGCAGGAGUCUGUGAGGCAGAUUCUCUUCACUGGCUCAGGCAAGGCUGUCAGCAAGACCAUCACCUGUGUGGAAAUUAUGAAACGACGGCUCAAGGAGCUGCACCAGAUCACCAAGGUGCUCUUCAGGCAAAUCGAGGAGAUGUGGGAACCUAUCGUGCCUGAGGCAGGCCUCGAUGCCUUGACAGUGAAGAGGAACAUUCCUGCGAUAUGUGUCCUGCUCAGCAAAGACCCCCUGGACCCUCAGGAGCCGGGAUACCAGGCUCCAGGAUCCUUUGAUGCCUUCUGGACCGAUACACUCAAAGCAGAGUCCCAGGGCCAGAUGAAGAGAAAGCAGGGUGGGGGUCGGGGCGUUGGGAGCACAGGGAAGCACCCGCGCUCCGCAGGGGCAGCGCCAGGGGAGCCCUGAGCGGGAGCCCCGAGGCACCGGCGCCACGUGGUCCGGGGUGGCUGCAGGAACCAGCCGCGUGCUGGGGCUGCGGAGCUGCUGCUGACACAUCAGGGGGAGGGCAGGACUCUCGUAACUGCCUGUGAUUGUGGCUGUCUAAAACUGUAUUUUGAAGAGUUCCCUUGCCAAAGGCUGCCAGGCCGUGCUUCAUAGUGGGUCGGGGAAGACGGGAGUCACCUCUGCGUGAGCAAGGACUGUUGGUGUCCUGUCAGUGAGCCCCAGCAGAGGGGCUGCUCACCCGGCCAGAUUUCGGCUGCCAGAGGGUGCAGCAGCCCAGGCUGUGGGACAGACACGUGCCUGCCUGUGUGGCAGGUACAAAGGGCAGAUGGGACCUGACAUGGAAUUAAUUCCCUGGCAUCCCCAGGGCUGUGAGUGGACAGACAGUGGGACACAGGGCUUAGUUGGCCACUUGUGUGCUUCAGAGUCUGUCUGCUGAGCCUGUUGGGGGGGUUGAAUGUACGACUGUGAGGGUACAGGUCCAUCUGCCGUUGUGUGCACAGAGCUCCCUUCCCAUCCCACUUUGGCUCUGCGGAGCUGGUGGUUGCUCUUCUCUCUGCCAGAAUGACAGCACUCUACUUGUGCCAUAACCAGCCUGAAAUCCUGGGGCUGUACCACUGCCCUGGGGUGGUAGUCAUGGGAAGCUCCAGAGGAUACUGUUCUUUCCCCUUACUGCUCCUUCAUAAUGCACAAAGUUGGGUUCAAAAUAAAGUUUCUCUUCUCGCAA